AUGACGGGACCUUAUGGUGGGGUUAUCGGCGCCAAACCCGAGGUAAUUUUUCAACGAGCGAAAUAUGGGUUACCAGCCAAAAUGACCCCAACUGAGGAUAACGGACAGUUUAAUGGAGUUGUCUUGGAAUUUGAUGAUAAUAAUAAGGUAGUAAAUGAUUAUAAAUUAAUUGACUUAACUAAACGGCAAGAACUUGAAAUUGAUUUUCGGGGAAGUGAAGGUCAAAUUGUUGGCAAGAAGCAAAACGAAGUAGUAUUGGAAUUCGAGAAAGAUAGCAAAAAAUAUCAAGUGCUAAUGAAAGUUGACAAAAUAAAAAAAGUUAGAAAACUGAAAAAAGUUUAUGGAAGCAGAACAGUACUGCAAAAUGUUAGUUUUGCGGUCAAAAAAGGUAGCAUUCAUGGCUUUAUUGGUCCUAAUGGAGCCGGCAAAACCACUACUUUAAAUUGCUUGAUGAGUGGAGUAAAACCGAAUGCCCAAUUUGCCGAGGAUUUGCGGGUGGAAGACUUUGUUCAUUUAGCCGGUCAAUUAAGGAAUAUUCCCAGCCAAAAAAAGAUUUUGCUUUAUUUUGUUUCGGUAAUGCAUGACCCGGAUAUUUUGGUGCUGGAUGAACCAACUUCCGGUCUGGACCCUUCUUAUCGUGGUAUUUUAUUAAGACAAUUGGAACAAGUACGCCAACGAGGUGGCACCGUGUUAAUUUCCAGCCAUAUUUUAUCAGAUUUACAAAAAUUAGUGGACGCCACUACUUUGAUUGAUAAAGGCAAAAUAGUUUAUACGGGUGAAAAACCGGACGAUAUUGAAGAAAUGUGUAAUAAAUUAGUUCUUAAAGAUAAAAUUAAAGAAAAGACCGGACAAAGCUGA